AUGUUUCCAGAGUUACCGGUUGAACUUUGGACUGAAAAGUCUUUGCUUUCAAUUGGUAAGAUUCUAGGUAAUCCAAUUGUGGUGGAUGAAAAAACUUUAAAGCUUGAUUAUGGUUUUUAUGCUUCAGUUUUAAUUGAUAUUGAUUUUGCUAAGCAUAUUCCAGAGAGAAUUCAUAUAACUUCAGGUGGAAAAGAGUUUUGGCAAUAUAUUGAUAUUCAAAAAUAUCCAAAGUUCUGUUCAAAGUGUAAUAUUAUUGGUCAUGUGGAUGCUGAAUGCAAGAAGAAGUCGACUAAAAUUGAUGGGAACAAAGAGAAACAACAACAAGUAGUCGUGGGAGAGAACUUUUUAAGGGUAGUUAUGAUCCUAAUGCUGAACAAGGCUGCAAUAGCCCAUGCAGCUCAUGCAAAUCAGGAAACUAUACUUUGUGCUUCAGAUUCAAGUACUAUUGGAGUUACUAAUGAUAACAGAAUUGAGGCUACAGUUCAAUCUAGCAAUGAACAGUUGGAGAACGAGCUUGCUAUUUCUUCAAAUGAAUUCCCUAAGGAAGCUAUUGCUGCACGUAAAGAAGCUGUGACUAAGCCUGUUGAAGCUGGUAUGUCCGGGAACAAGAUUGGCACAACUAACGUUUGUGGAGGCAAGUCCGUGCAUAACCAGAAUUAUGAAUCCAAGUCCAAGCAAAACUCUGAAACGUCUAAUUUGGAAUAUACGCUUGGGGCUGAUUUGGUAGACAAGUCCAUGGCUUUGCAAAACUCUGAGUCCGUGACCAACAAGAAGUCCGUUUCCAAGUCUGAUUUGGAAAACAAAUCAGUUUCCAACCCUAAUACGUUUACUAAAGCUUCUAAUGAGAAUUGGACGCCAGUAAAAGGUACAAAGUUUUCUUUUACGCCUAUAACUGAUGCUUUGCUUGAAUCUUCUGAAAAAGUUAGGAAAAAUACAUAUGAAGUGUUAAGUUCAGAAUUGGGUUUUAGAGAUGAAGUUGAGGGUGCUACUUUGGAGGAAGUUCACCAAAGGAUUGUUCAAGAUUUAGAUGAGGAAUAG